AGUUCAGGCUGAAAUUUGGGGAGAUAGAGAAAGAGGGGGGAGGACAUGCAGCUAUGGUCGGAGGCCAGACUGGAGCCCCCAACUGCUGCAAGGACCCUGGUCAUGAUACAGACUGGUCCAUCUGCGUGCCCCCUGAGUUAGACUAUUGUGUUUUUUAUUAAGAAUAUUAUGUUUGAUCAUAUCAAAAGCAAAAAUCAACCAAAGUCAGAGUCAGUUUGAGGUCACAUAGGCUCUUACAUCCAAAUCUGGCCUAUGGUUCCUGCAUUUUUGAGCCAAACCUGAUGAUUCGUCUAUAAUGAACAAAUGUUUAUAUCCUAACAGGCUAGGAUAAGAUGGCUAGUGUCAGCAUGUAGGCAUGCUCUGUGACCACGACUCUGACUACUACCAUCAGUUUCAGCAAGCUUUAAAUCCAAUAAAUGAAUAAAACUGAAGGGAUUGUUUUUGUUUGUUUGUUUGUUUUUUAAACCUGGUGUUAUUUGUAGUUGUCAUGAUGCAACCAUAUGACUCUGACUGACAGAAGGCAGGUUUGGAUUUGUAUCAGUGCUUAAGUUCAUCACCUCUGACUUCAUUGUGAACUCCAGCCAAGCCAAACAGUUACUCCAGCACUUUAGUCAAUCACUCUGCUUGCUCUCAUUGGCUCCAGACUCUCUGAAAUACUUUGAAUCAAUGAGAAAUCACCUGGUGUAAACAUUUCAUCCCAAUGGGUUUUACUCUCGAGCUGAAAUCAGUAAUGUGCAAUAAGGAGCACAUGCUCGUGCAAUCUUCCAGAUGGCUUCCUGUGAUUUUAGGUCAGCUGUUUUAGCAUGUGAUAAGAUGCUUUAACUUUGGACUUGGCUGCAUUUGAAGAGGUCUGAAAGGGUGUACCCUCUGAGUUUUUUUUCUCUAAGUUCAACAACAGAAAGAGGAGAACUGAAAAUGGCUGGGGAAGUGACAUUUCCUGUCAUGUUUGCUACAGUGUGACUCCUAUGACAGUGACACAAUGGUUUUUUUUCUUACAGAGGAGUUGCAGCCUUGACUCAUCACCACAUCAUUUAGACUGUGGCUUUGGGCUUUUGUGGUUACGAUUACAGUAAUGUCUGCCUCUUUGGGCUGAAAUAUACACCUUCUUACACAGAAAUGCAGGGGAAUAUUCAGAAAACAGUUCGGGUCUCUUUUUCUCCUUUCAAAAUAACUUUGUUUUAUACUAUUAGUGUUCGGCUGUUUUUGUUUUUGUAUACAUGCCACAAGUUAGGGCUUCAAAAUUACUGCUUUGACUGGAUAAGCACAUUCUCUCAUUAAAACCCUUUACUCUCCUGCCAUCCACUGUUGGCCUGCUUCCACUCCCUCCUUGUAAUGGAAAAAAAGUUUGGCCAAAUUGCGUAAUAAACGUAUCUCAUAAGACCUGUGGUGUGUGUGCCACUCAUCAUGUAGUAAGACACUACGUGCGCUCUUUACGCAUAAUCACUCGCAGCGGAGCUGAACCUUCUAGUGGGAGUGAGAAAAUUCAACCCAUAUAGAGGGUGGGGUGUGGUGGGCCGAUCCGCGCGGAAGAAGUGGGUGGGUGUGUGUAAGCUUAAAGUAGCGUGCAGAAAGCUACAUACCAGAACAGGCGUAUAAAUAUUUCUGAUCCAAGAGCGCAGCGAGCGAGAAGAGAAAACUUCCCAAAAGUUUCACGCUAAGGAGAAAGUUGCUCAGGGCGAAGCGGAGGAUUCAUCGCUGAUCCAGAGGAGAAGCCACGAAGAUAAAGUAAGAUUCUCAGUCACUUCUCCAAGUUAUGAUUUCAUGUGAAGGAGAGGAUAAGUGAACUUGAAGCGGUACGCGCAUGACAUAACGGUUUCUGCAAAUAAGGGGAGGUCUCUCAGAAAAUUCAUCAAAGCUCUAUAUGGUUAUCGAUCAGCGAUCCUCUGGUCAAACAGAUAAAGAAGUAAGAGAGUUUUGGUUUUUAAGUUUGAAGACUUAAGCGGGGGGAAGUUUCACUGACCUGGCCAGAGCGUCAGAGCAUUUAUUGAUCAGCAAAUAGAGAAUGCGCAAAACAACAAAUGAGUGAUUUAAACACCAAGGAUCAAGGGUAUAAAUGCUCAAAAUUUUUGGGAAAAAAUCCGUCUCGCAAUACAAAUUAGCAAAAAAAAAAAAAGUUUAACUUAAUAAUAAUUUGGAACAUCAUCCUGCCUCUAUUUAAUGGUCUUGUAGAACUUGUGCCUACCACACGGACUUUAUUAAUUCUCCUGAUUGGUGUCUUCUGAUAGAAAGGGAGGCCUUCCUCCUCUCAAAACAGAAAUCUGUUUUUCAGUGUGUUUUGUUUCCUUGCAUUUUCCACCUUUGUUAGAAAAAAAAUGAACUGGUUUAUUUUCAUGCUCCCAGCUGUGUUGGUUGAGGUCCAGUCAGCUGCAGCUUAUUUAUUUUUGCAUGUGAUGGCAUUCAUGGCUUUGUUUGUGCUUUAACGACUAAUUUCUUUUCUUUUUUUUUCUCAUUUUACCAGUUUAUUGUUUCUCUUACUACAAUCAGGGCACAAACAGGUCCUGCAUUGUUGUUUGGGUACACUGUCUUGAACUUGCUUAUCUCAGAGGCCAGUGGGCAUACCAGCCGAGAGGACAUGCCAACACAAACUGAGGGAGGAGAAGUGCAGAGAGGGCAAGGCGUGAUGGAAGAUGUGAUACAUGUGAAAGUGAUAGGAAGGAGGGAGGGAAGAGAGAAGGAAGGGAUGAAGGAGAAGCUCCUGUUUUCAAGCUCGAGUGAUGGCUGUAUUAAAAAUCCAUUUAAGUUUAUGCAUCAAAGUGUGGGGGGAGAGUGAGGCUGCCAGAAAUUAAUCUUGGGGAAUGGCUUUUCAAGGUUUUAUUUGAGGUUGAGUGGAUGAGUCUAAUUGGGCAAUUUUGGGACACUAAAGGUGCAAAAGAGAGAUACCAUGUUUUUUAAAGGCUGUAAGUGGGAAAAUACAAAGAAAUACAGUCCUGAGAGCUUUUCUUUGGCUGUGAUUUUGGAAGAGGCUCCAUGUGCGCAGUAUGCUCCAUGUUUGGCCACCCCAAACAUCAUGUUACCCAUGUGUGUGUUAGAAGAGAGUAUAGUUACCUUCAUUUUCCUGGAUGAGUCUGAGUCAUCCUAACAAGCCCUUAUUAUUUCAAUUCACUUGCAACCCUUGACUGAAAAUAGAGCUGGAGAUAAGGCUGGAGAUGAAGGGUAUGAAAGGAUAUGACCUGAGCUUUGGGUGGAGAUCAUGUCAUGACAUGAACAGCUGCUCCAUCUAUUGUUCACACUACAAUGAUUAUUAAUUUUUUGCUAAAUAUUUGGAUGAUUUGGAAACAAUUGAAGGGAGGGGGAUGUUAUCUGACCAGGAGAUGAACUCUGGAGGACAAAGAGUUGCAAAAUCAAAAGUGUACUGAAUGUCUGACUCAUUCAUUACACUUACUCUUGUUUAUAUUUACACAUAUGGAUUUUCAGUGUCUGAUACUAUGAGGCGCCCCUCCCUGCCACCUCUCCCUCAGCUGCUGUGCCCUUUGACCUGUACUGCAUAACUUCACUAUCACUGCCUUUCUUCUAAAACCAGAGACUCAGGCUGAUUGAGACACAUGGUCUGUGCAGUUAUUUAAGAAUGGAAUCAAUAGAAAGUUAAAAACAGCUCUUCAUACAGCACUCUUACAACUGUGAGUAGGUUCAAUGAUUCCCUUUUGUUAACACUUUGAUGACCAGUUCAGCCUCAGACUUAGCUUUAUUUAACAAAGCUGAACUCAAGGGUUAAAGAAGGACACAUAAAGUUACACACUGAGUAAUGGUCCAGUAAUGUGAUGCAGGCGUGUACUGUUUGGCCGUAUUCUAAUAGUGAUUUAGCAAUCCCAGCUCCACCACUUGACUAAGAAAGGGAGUUGUUUUCCUGCAUCUACUUUUUCUGUGAACCUUAUCUUGGCUGUGAUUUUGUCAUUUCUAGGUGAAGUCAUGCCGUCAUCAGUUUUCUGGUAUUUCAUGUUGAGAGGACAGGACAUUGCAACACUGAUUUAAGCCUUUAUGUGACACAAAAGAAGGUAAUAGACUCGGCACAUUAGUGAAUCGAAGUCAUUGUGUAAAACUGUUUCAUUAAGGUUGAGGUUGUGGGAUAAAUAGUGACAGUGGUUUAAAAGGAGGUUAGUUUGAAUAGAGUCCUGGAUGUGUGGGUGCAGCUCUGGCUCUGAGAUGAUGGUGUCAUUGGUCAAGAUACUGGACCUCAAAUCGCAGUCUGUGGUAGAGCUUGUGGCGUUUGUAUGGAUUAGUUAAAAGUGAUGAGAACUUCAUAAAGCAAAUUCUGCAACCAGUGUGUGAGUGUGGUGUGAAUGUGAUUAGAGAUAGACGGACUAAUUGGUCUGACUGAUGAUGUUUUGACGUUAAAUUGGCCUUGGCCCUCACAAGGCCGUUAUCGCUAUUACCUUUUCUCAAGAAAUCAUUACUUAUCCCAUCACCAAAGACAGCAUAUCAAAUCUAAACGUGACUUUCUUUUUUAAUUUUUUUCAUUUUAACCUAAAUCUUUACUUGAAUUUUUUAGUUCUCAAUAAUAAUUCCCCAAACCCCUUUUUUAAUGGUACGUCUGGCUUUUUCUGUCCACAUUUAUCUGUAACGAGAAAUUACUCAAGUGUUGGUUUCAAUAAAUUGUUUUUGGUCAAAUGCAAACAACAACAACAACAACAACAACAAUGUGAUACCAGCAUUAUAUAUCAGCCAUCUCUCUGCUCGCACAUUGUUGGUAUCCUUAUCGUCCGUUGAAAAACUGAUCCCGUGAACUACUAAAUAAUGUCAGGUGAAAGCUUUUUAAGCAGGCAAAAGUAAUUUUUAAAGUACAGUCUAUUUAAGGUGUAAAGAAAAAACUACACUGAAAAACUAAAUCCACAAAUCCAUCUGUUUGUAUAUUAUCUAUACUGUGUGUUCCAUUUAGGGUCGCAGAGGCCUAUCGCAAUGGUCAUAGAGUGAAAAACAGGGUAUACACAGGGUAUAUACAGGUUGUCAGUCUAUCGUGUAGAGACAAACAAACAGUCAUUCACAAACCCACAUUGAAAAUUUUCACUGUUAGGCAAAAGUGUCGACUACUUCACCGUGCCAACCCUUGAAGUACAACAAGAAACCGAAUAAAUAUAGAUGACAGGUUAAGGUAAGGCCAGAAAGCACAUGGCGAUAGCACUGAUUUGAACUUGACACUCACAUAAAAAAGCAGCAGAGCUCAAAUACCUUCAUACAUACUGCAGAAAACAUGCAUUUUGAUUAGCAGAUAUAAACAGCAUUUUCAGUCUUGAUAUCUGGAGGGCGAGGCCAACCAAAACUGGUUCAGCGGCCAAUGCAGAUGUUCGUAAUUAGCAGCUUGGCCAGUGUUUGAUAUUUCAAGCUGACAUCAGAUUUAAUGUGUGUUUUUUGCAUUUGAUAAAAACAACAACAAUUUCUUAGUGAUAGCAAAUGAAAAAUACAUCCCCUGAUUUUGAAUGAACGUUUUAUGAUUAUUGGCUCAGUAUAUUGGCUCAAAUAUCAGCACAAAAGACUUUCUGGAUUUCUGUCCAGCCAUCUGUAAAAGCUGUUAUUACAAUAAUUUGCCUUGUGAGUGCAGACAUCAGCUGGUGGUGAUUAUUGCACAACACUAUUAAUCAGCCUAUUAACCUCUACUUCUAUGAAAGAGAUCUGAUGAGUAACUUUCUGCACAAUUACACUUCUCUUGUUUGGGUAUUGUUCUGAAAGGUUAUCACCAGAAAGUUUCUAAUGUUUUGUACUCUCCCUUACUCUACGCCAUCUUCUCCCACAAAAGCCUCUGUCUUCAGUAGGUCCAUUAACAAUCUGGCAUCAGUGAUAGACAGAUAUGACUUCAGUUAGGUCACUUUGUGAGUAGGAUUACAAUUCUGCAUUUUCUGCAUCUGUUGUUUAAUGAAGUAAUAGUCAUCUGGAUUUGUUGACAUGCAAUGUAAGAAUACUCCCUCUUUGUUGAGAUGUGUCCAAAGAACAUUGGACUUUUAAGGAAAAUAGUACUUUGUCUGAAACAAACAGAUGUAAGAAGCCAUUAAGUACAGAUACUUUUACAGAAGUUUUGUUCAAAAAAUGUUCAUUUAUUUUAAAUUUAAGGUGGGGUCUAUGAGCCUUCACUCUCUAUUGUUGUAGCGUUGAAAGACAGACAAAGGCAAUUUCUAAACGAUGGGCUUGAAGAAGAGUGUUUUCUAUUACAUUAACCACCACAUAAACUCAGCAUCCUCUUAACAACCCUGUGAUUCCCCUGACUCUGUGAAUUACAACUGCUCAUUAGAGUUUAUGCACCAUUUACAAGAGCUAACAUAACUCUGAGGCUGCUUUAAUGUUGGUGAUAUAGAUUUAUCUUUUGUAGCGAGGGCUGCUAAAAACAUCAGACAUGCAGGACCAGGGAUUUAAAAAGAGCAUAUGGGGAGAACAUGAGGGAAACAGGAUCAAAGAGAAAUGCCUCUUAUUCUUGUAAAGAAUUCACUUUCUUAAUGUUGACAUUUGGCGUUUGACUUUUGACCCCAGGUUUUAAAUCUGAGGAUGUGCAGGAUGAACAGGAUUAUCUUUGCUGUGACAAAUGAUCUAAUUUCACUGUGAUUACUGGUGCAAUGUGUGAGGGUGGGGAUGUGACAGUGAGAUAAAUCAUAGGAUUUACUGUACUGGACACCUACACACAGUAGUAUAUGUGCACGGAGAGUUAUAUACACACAAACUACAUCAUUCCAACAGCUGGGGUGAGGCAGAUGGAGUCCAGCUGCUUGUAGGAGGUAUGUGAGAUUGCACAAGAAGCAAAGUCGACAAGGACAGAGGUCUAAACACCCCAGUAUGCUUUGGGAAAUCCUCCAGACCAAAGAGGGUGCAUUUCUGGAACGUGGUAAUGGUGGGAAAAAGUUAAAGAAAAAAGUACUUUGGCUGUUUUUGUUUUAAGAUGAAAGGGAGGGAGAAAUGAGGCUGGAUGAAUGUUUUGUUAAUCAAAUUGUUGUGAAUUCAGUCUUGUUGGGAUGAAAUGUACUGUGACCUCUACAGCAUGCAUGCUAUUUCAAGUUCCCAAAUUUCCAUCUUUUCUUUCUGCUACAUUUGCACACACACUUAGAUCUUUUUCCCACAUUUGAGCUUUUGCUGCAGGUUUGCUUUUAUUUUCCUUUUUCCGAGCUCUUUUUCAUGUUUUUCUUGUUUUGUUCAUGGAAACAACAACAACAAUGGUUAUAUCUAUUUCCUGAGACAGAGUACCUAUUCUUCUGAAUAGACCACCAUGCAUUUAUUCAAGACCAUAAUGGGGACUGUUUAUUUUGGAGAGAGCAGAGCCAGCAAAAGUUGUGUUGUUAAAAGUAAGGUGUUAUUCAGAGGAAAAGAGAUGGAAACAUGGCCAAAAAGUACCAAACUGUUAUAACUGAUAAUUGCCACGAACCAAAAGGUCACAACUUUCACUAGUGAUUGUGGAGGUUACAGAUUGGUCACAAGGAUUUCCCCAAACUGUUUUCAUGUCACAUGUUCAGUGUGGUUUACUUUGUUCCUUAAAGCACAAGAAUUAAAAAAAGUAAAUUCAAUUUGAGGAAAGCGGCUGGGACCUCCUGCAAUCAGAUCACACUUGUCAAACCUAUCAAUGGAAAGGAGCUGCAGCACAUCCAGUGUUUGUGUUUCAUCUCUUCCUGUUGACAAAAAAGUUACUCUCCAAUGGCAGACAAUAUGGAGGGGAAUUUUAAUGGUACUCUUAAUUUAGUUGGAGAGCCCAUAACUUUAGAUAACUAGUUAUUUACUGACGAGUGAAUAAAGAAGUGGGAAAACUAAAGCUGGAAGAAGUGAGAGGUGUCAAAACACGGAGCGGGGCGAAAAUGACAUCAGUCAAAUUGAAGAAAACAGACAUAAAGCAACCUCAAACCAUGAUACAGUAAGAGCUUUGGUAGUUUCAAAGGACUGGUUGAAGGAGAAGAAAAUACCAAUUGAAAAAAAAAUAACAGGGAAGGGGGCCCUGUAGAGGUGCUACUGUUUAUUUCUGCAUCUGAUCAAAACACCAACAGAAAAACUAAAAUGUUUUGACUUCACUGUGAGUGGAAAUGUCCACAGUAAUAAAGCUGAUAGGAAUACUGUUGUCAUGGGGACUACCUUUUUGGGUAUAUUGAUGAAUCAUUUCUAAAUCAAUAAAAUCAUCUCCGAAUGAUACUUAGAGUCAACUUGUUUGUGUGUAUUUUUAGAAGGGCAACUAAUUCCACACUUGUGAACUGACCCUUCAAACGGUAUGGCUAUUUUUAAACAUGGAUCUCCAUCUUAACAAGAAAGUACAUAAACUUGACAGCAGUCCUUCUCUUUUACUGUGGGACACUUUAUGAGUAGGGAACUCAAUAAAAAGUAGUUUGAAAUGUAAGUCACAUUAGACACCAAAAGUCAGUAUAUUUCAUCAGUGCAUGAUUUCUCAAAGUUUCUGGUUUCCUUUUAGACCUUUCAGUUUAUUAUCUUUUAAAGCUUCUGCAAAGACUUUUUUGACAGUUUUAUUAAUAAGGAUUUUUAUAUUGUAAAUUUUAAUGCCUGAAAGUGGUGUGAGGCGGUAGACGUCAGCAGAGCAGCAGCUGAAAAAACUACUUUUUUUUUUUCUUUUGCAUUUUAAACUCAAAAUAGUCCCAAUAGAAGAUACAUUUGAAUGUCAAAAGUCAGCAGGAUGAGAUUUUCUGUCCAAAGUCACCACUUAAACAUGUAGAGAUAAGCAAAGAUUGUUUUGUCCUCAAGGGGUGCCAAGGUUAAAAAAAAAAAAAAAAAAAAAAACAGCAAUAUUUACCUUAAUAUUCCUCACAGAAACUUUUAUGUAAUCAAUUACAGUUUACAGUUGAAUACUGAAAUUAAAUUGCAAUUUUCCCCUUUUUCCCCAGAAUGCCAGGUGAACGGCUGACAGUACGAAGUGGAGCAGAUGUUGGGCGUUUCCCCGGAGCUGCCCCACCCACCAGGGUGGAGCUGAGCAUUCAGAAGGAUGGGGAAAAGGACCAGAACGAGGGGGGCUGUCGCAGCUGGUUCAGGAAGAUUUGUCCUUGCUGCUGUAAGCGCCAGAACAGCACCUCCUAUGAUGUCACUGACAAGGUGGAACUGGUCAAAGUCCCGACCCCGACCCCGACCCCCACCCCAGCUGCAGUGAUUGGCCCAGAGCCCACCAAACCAAAGGCCGAGAAUGGGGAAGCAAAAGAGAUGGAAGGUAAUGUUACUGAGAGCUGAAGUUGUUUAAAGUUAAACCAGAUCCAAAACAUCAAAUUUUACAUUCAUAUUUUACCCCAGAAAUGAAGCUGCUGGUGAACUCUGUGGACCUGCUGAGCUCCAAGAAAGGUCAAAACAGAGUGGAACACCACACCGACAUGUUCCAUGGGGAGAACCUGAUCAUUCGUAGAGGACAGACCUUCCAGAUUGAGCUGGAGCUCAAUAGACCCUUCAAUUCUGACACUCAUAAGCUGCAUCUGGACCUGAGAACAGGUAGGAGAUGAAUGAACUUUAUCUGCAUGCCUUCUACAAAAGUUCUAUCUUUUGUAGCAUCAAACCAUAGACUGUAUAUAGAAUAGAUGUCAUUUGCCUCCUCGCUGGGUGAAGCCACUGUGAGAACAGCACCCUCUGGUGACUAGUUGCAGUGAAGGUCAUAAACCCCGCCUCCUCCAGCGAACUGGAUGGUGCUGUGGACAAACUUUAAAGAUUAAAUACAAGUCAGAUAAAUUUUUCUUCCCCCUGGUUGGGAUGUUGAAUGUAUUUUUCGCUAGACUGCUUUGUGCUCAAGUCCUUUUUUCUCUGCAGCUUCAUUUUAAAAGUUAUUAGGGGUUUAUUUCGAUUGUUUUCUCAACAUUCUCUUAAUGAACUUUAUAGCACAGAUUGGGGUUUCAAGAAAUGGAGAAAAUUUAGUUUUUGAUUUCAAGUAUGUUAAGAUCUGACAUCUCAUACUGAAACAAAGACAAAAACAGUUCCUCAAUUUUGAAUUUUUGCAGCAACAUGACAUAAAAUGACGUAAAAGGAUUGGGAUGGGUAGCUUAAAAUAAAUGGAUGAUUAUACUGUAGUUUAAAUGGUGAGCUCAAAGGCGUCACCUCUUCAUAGUUUCAGGUAGCUGAAAAAUUGGACACAAAUCAAGCUGCGUGGUAAUGAUUAAAUGUUGAUCCAACAGGGUUGUGAAGCACACCAUGCAAACAAAUACACAAAUACACCAUGCAUGUGCACACUUAAAGGUAGUAAUUCAAUACAACAACAUACUUAAAUGUGCUGGAUAAACCAUCCAACCAACAUUUGCUACAACCCUGUGAGAAAUACAGAGCCAAGAGCAACAGAUUCAAAACAAAGCAUGAGAAAUGUGGUCAGGAUGCCACGCAUAGCUCACACAUUUAAAUAGAGCAGCAGCUCAAAACCAGAACCACACCACAAGGUUUGGAUUCCACCCAAUACCCCACAGUGUUAACAGUUUCCAGACUGCAGGACACCGGACACCUCGCCCUGGUAUUUACAGGCCUCAUACAGCACUGAUCCACUAUGCACUUGAGAAUAAAUCACCAUGACAUCACUGUGGAUAGUGAUUUGCUAUUACCUGCUACUUGUAUUUAAAUUGUAAGGAAGACUAAGAAAAGUAUGGACAGACUGUCAUUAUCACGCUCUCACUGACUCGUUGGCUUUGAAGAGGUUUAAAGUGUGGCACUUUGGGUCAUUGUCACUUCCUAAGCUGUUAUUUUUGGUCAACUAGGAAGUCAAUUUGAGGAGAGUUUUUUUUUUUUUCCCAGCAGAAAAGAGAGCAUUUUUUUCAUUGAUUUCCUUUUACACAGGCAGAGAUGAGAGAGGAAGUCCUGGCUGUGGUCAGAUGGAGAACAAUGGUUUCUUGAUGAACUCUAUGUACGCUUCGGCAAAAGGCAGCUACAGCCCAGCAGGGUGUCACAAAGCAAAUAGCUGAGAGGAAAGCAACCAAUAAGUCUUAAACCAACCAAUGGGCUACAAUUUAAGUUUUUUACAAACUCGUCUUAGCUUUUCAUAUUUUGUUAGCCUUUAGCAAAACACCACGUCAUUUCGAAAGGCAAACUUGUAGGAUAAAACUCUCACGAAUGGGUGUUUCUACAGAGAUGUGUGUGUGUGUGUGUGUGUGUGUGUGUGUGUGUGUGUGUGUGUGUGUGUGUGUGUGUGUGUGUGUGUGUGUGUGAGACUUGGGAGGUUUCACAGCUCAGAAAUGUUGUUUGCUCAGACAGACUAUGCACAGCCAGAUAAAGGGCUGUGAUGCAUGUGGCUUCCUUGUUUGAUAUGGGUGUGUGGGAACAGACUUACAAUUACAGUGAUUAAAAAAAGUUGUUUUUGCUGUUUCUAAGUAGAUGUUGAUGUGAAUCCCACUGCUGUGAUUUCUUUGUUUAAUCCAGUUUUCGACGUUAUCUUAAAAUAAGUAUGAGGACAGCAUCUAAAUGCACUUUGAGUCGGUACAUGACAUGACUUUUAAAAAAUUACACAUUAAAAAAUGUGAUCCAAAGAUGCUAAAUUGAAGUUCCAUGUAUGUAUACAUUCAUAUGCACUCUCGUAAAACAUAUGCUUGUGGUUGCAGUGUUCUGUAAAAGGGUUAAAUUUUUUGUAUUUUGUACAUUAUUUUGUUUCCAGUGAAUUUAUUUUCUAUCAUUUCUCAAUAAUAUCUGCCAAGUUUUUAUCAACUAGAUACAUAGAUAUCUAUAGUUGAAUAGGUUACAAUAACUUCCUUUUAAUUCGAAUGAAGGCUUAUGGGAAAAGUUUCCUUACCAAGAUGUAAAGUUGAGGAUCUGACUGUUUUGACCAUAGACUGUAUAUACUGUGGACAAUUUGGCUCCGCCUUUCGUUAUUACAGGAAUUUGAAGCAGAAUUGCUCUCGGUGUUUGCAGGAUUUUUCCACUUCCUGGAACCACCACUUACGCAGUUGCAUUGUACGCAUUCGGGCUGAGAGUCACUGUGAUGACACUCGGCUCAAACAGUGUAUCCCCCGGAUGAGCUACACAAUCUUUGUACGCCCAAAGGCAGUAUCAAUUGUCAAUCAUAGAAAACAUGAACCCCCUAAUAACUUUUAAAAAUAGAGCUGAAAAGAAAAAAAGAGGACUUGAGCACAAACCAGUCUUACAGUAACUGCGUGUCAACAUUGCAACUUGGGGGGAGAAAAAUGUAUAUUCUGUGUAAUUAAUUUCUAAAAUUUGUCCACAACUCCAUAAGGAGGGGGUGGGAUUUAAGACCUAUACUGCAGCUCAUCACCAGAGGGUGCUGUUCUCGUGGUGGCUUCACCCAGCGAGGAGGUAGAUGGUGUCCAUUCUAUAUACAGUCUAUGGUUUUGACUCACUGGAUUGUAUAUCCACAUUGACGCCAUAUUUCAAGGAACAUUCUGGAAACAUGCACAAACCUAUGUAUGUAGCCCACUAGCUAUUGCUUCAUGACCAUCAAAAGCAGAUUAGAGCUCCUGUGAGUAACUUCAAGUCUACAUCAAUUUUGGCGCUCCAUUUUGACUAAGCAGUCUUUGAAGUCUCAGCAAAAUUAAUUUCAGUCCAUUUCCUAAAUAUUUAAAAACUAUUCACAGAAGCUUAAAUAAAAAAGAAAGUACACCAAAACAGAAAACAAAGCCACUGUAGUUCACAUGAUUUAUGCUAAGCUAGGCAAAAGUCUGAAGACUGGAUUUUGCCAUUUACCAGACAAGUAUGAGCAGUUACAAUAUUGUUUUUAAGUUUAUUUGGGGGAUUUGAUGCCUUUAUUGAAAGGAAAGGAAAGUGGAGCAGAAAACUGGGAAGAGAGAAUGUGCAAUGUCAUGCAGCAAAGGGCCACAGGUUGCCAGGCUGCCCACUUGGAGGACUGUAGCCUCGACAUAUUGGCUGCACAAUUUAACUGCCGGGCCAAACUGGCUCCAGCAACCCCCUUUUUCUAAACUCCCCACAAGUGAAUAAGCAUGCGGAAAGAAGAUGCCAAAAUUUUACCUUUUGUUGGGUAGAAUUUUGAAUGUUGAUCUCAAGAGCCUGAAGUACAAUAGCAGCUAAACAUAUGGCAGGCACAAUGCUACAUCUGGUUUUGGUUCUUGCCAUUUCUGUUGCAUUGUCUGUGUUGUGUCUUCUUUGUUGGUUCAAUUUGGUACAACAUGAUUCACAUGUUCCCUGUCUUGUUUAGGUCCCCUGCCCAUGGUGUCCAAAGGCACCCAUGUCAUCAUUCCCCUGGUGGAUCACCUGGAGGAUGAACGCUGGGAGGCCAAGAUUGUUGAACAUAACGGCAACAAGAUCAAGCUGUCCGUCAACUCACCGGCCACUUCUGUGAUUGGCUUGUAUGGGCUCACUGUGACAACCAGCUCUACGAAGGGUGAUGCAGCAGCUACUUAUAACUCCAGCAAGAACAUCGUCAUUCUCUUCAACCCUUGGUGUGAAGGUAAGAUUGACAGUGGGUGCGAGCAGGGCCGAGGGUUUACAAGAUUGAGGGCAGGAAUGUGGAGGAGAGGAAGGAAAGAAGACGAGCCAAAUGUGAUAAGAGGAGGAAAAUGAAGGAAGAGGAGACAGCUUCACAUAACAUCUAAAGAAUUAAUAACAACCUAUCUGUAUAACUCUCAAGUUUUGAGUGGACUGUCUUUCAAAAGUUCAGAUUUUACUUGAGGCAAAACUGUCUGUUGAAGCCUAAUUGGGACAGAAAAUGGGACAUGGCAGCUUAUGAACAGCAUCAUUUUUCUGUCAGUGGAUGUGGGAACAAAGUAGCUCCACAUCCGUAUUGUGGUUGAACCUCAGAGAGGAAUCGUGGUAUAAGGUUACACGAGAGUGAAAGAGGCCAAGUCCAUCUGUAAGCAUGUUGCUGUCCGUCAAAGUGCUUCAGCAUGACCCUGUGUGUAACUGCGGUGUUAUGUAACUCCACUGGCUGAGAUUCAAAACUUCUGGCACUCUUCGUUAUCCCAUUUAUGCACUACUGUGCCAUCUGUGGUCCAAACAGAUUGUGCACAAGAUGUAAUACAUCUUCUGUGACAUAAGCCCGAAAAAAUGUUUGGACAUAUGGGUGGGAUUUUUCACAUUUGUUCAGCAUAAAUCAAACAUUGAAAACUUUUUUUCUCGAAGUGUUCAGACAUGAAACAGAUGUGUAUUUUUUUUUUUUUUUUUUUUGAUCACUUAUAUUUUUGGCCACUUGUGGGGAACCUAAAACAGCCUGACAUAAUACCACCUUUUAAGAUUGUAAAGCCUACUGUUCUUGCCCUGAUAGACUAUUUAGAAAGACUUCAGCUGUAGGCUGCCUAAAACUUAUAAUCAGACAUAUUAGAUGUGUUAAUCCAUGCAUUACACAAACUGAUUCUUGUCUAGAGCAGAGCCAAGGUUAAAAAUAGUUUCUUGAGUUUUGAUGUAUUUUGUUUUAUUUUGACUUUUGAUUUUAGUUAAAGCUCAUGUGAGGAAAUGCCAAUUUAUGCCAAGUUUGGCACCCCCUAUAAACAGUCUUUGCUUAUUUUUUCUUCUUUGUGCAUAAGCAAAGGUUUUUGACCAGAAAUCUCUCUUCUAACUCCUGACAGUCAAACCCCCCCUUUUUUUUUUUUUGUAAAUGACACAUAUGGGAAAUGUAAAAUACAGGGCAGUUUCUCACACUGCUCUGCUGACACCUGUCUUCUCACAUCAGUUUCUGUCAUUGAAAGUGAAAGAAAGAAUCGCUAGCUGUGUCACUGAUGAUCUUGUUUGCUUCAAGAUACCAUGUCAAGGCAUCAGUAUGGAUUUUUAGCUUAUUUCAGAGAAACUCCUUAAAGGAGCUUUGAUUUGAGCUUUUUUUGUACACGACUCCUGUCAUGAGGCCAAAAAGGGCCAGAAAGAUUUUUUGUAAAACAAGCCUAAAGACCUUCAUCCCAUUAGUGGGUGGGGCUUAGCUGGGGACAAAGUAAAAAAAACUGUUAGCUAGCAAGUGGUUUUUGUUAUCAUGUUAGCUUUUGGUGCAAAAUUUAAGACUUAUCCAUUUAGUCUUUCUGAAACACUUACAUGCACCAAUGCCGUGAUUUUCUUUCCAAAAUGUCUGCAUCCAAAGAGCAGGUAUGUCCCAUUUUUAAAAUAUUUUUAUACUUAUUACACAACCAAUAAAACAUCAGGAAAUGAAGUCCAUUGUUUAUUCCACGUACUGUAGUUUCUUCUUUUUGCUGAGCACUGCAAACAAUCCACACAGGAUAUUUCAGCAAAAGUAGUUUAUUUGCAACACAACUAUAUAUAUAUAUAUAUAUAUAUAUAUAUAUAUAUAUAUAUAUAUAUUAUAAAACAGCAGGUCUGGAAUUGAUAAAGAGAAAUUCUGUCUUUCAUUAAGGCAUUGCUGCUUUUGGCAGCCAGCCCACGCUCCUCUUCCCUUCUUCAAUCUCCUUUUCCUGGGACCAAUCUCUGCCUCAUGCUCAUAAAAGUAAAAAUCCCACAAUUACUGUAUAAAAACGCCACAGGCCAAGCUCACAGUAAUCCUGCAGCUGGUGACAACCUGUCCUCUCCCUCGCUUUUACUGCAUCCAUGUGUAUUUCCUGACUUUAUACACCCCUCCCAUCUAACCCUGUGCCUUUUUUUUGCCGUCUUUUGACCUGAUCCUCUCUCAUAGCCCGGUCACUCUGUGUUUUUCUUGACUCCCCCUCUCCCUCCUGCUCCCCCUUCUUGUUGUGUCCUUGUGUUUGUGUGUGACUGCCUCACCCUAUAUUGCAAAAAUCUUCACUAAGUAGUGAAAACCACAAUUAUCACAGAUGCCAGAUGCUAUCAGCCUCACUUCCUUCUAUGUUUUGCUCCACAACCUAAAGACACCCUCAUUAUUCUUCACUCUCCCUCCACCCAUUGCCUCCCAAGCACAACUUCCCCUCUUCCUCUCAGCCAUCCCUCGUGAUUUUGUUAGACCCCCUCCUUUCACCGCCUUCCCCUCAUGGCCAUCUUAAAUACUCUAAUACUCAUAUUGCUUUACCUUUCCUUUCCUUUCCUUGUGUCUUUUCUUCACUCUCUGGUUAUUGCAGUUGCAACAUCGGGAGAUCAAGGAGAUUUUAAAACAGAGAGAGAUUUGUGAAGCUUAUGUCAGUGGAUCACACCCAAGUCUACAGAGCUGAUGUCACUCAAAACAGACUGUUUCCUAUAAUGAGUCUGGGCCCCUCUGCAAGGUCCAUGGACUCAUUGUGUUUCUUAACUGUUUCCUGGCCUUUGGGACUCUUUCACGUAAUUUGUGAAAAGAGGGCACAUUCUUAAGCGCCAUAGUCACAGAAGAGCUGAAUAAAGCAUGGAGCCGGGGUUUGUCUCAGAGACAUGAAAGAAGCCAAAACCUUGACCAGAGUCUAAGUAAUUAAAGUACAACCUACUGUUCUGCAAAAGAAGGAUUCAAAGUCACAGUUAGUUUAAUACUGGUCCAAUAGUCUGGUCCAAAGUAAUAAAAAGUGAUGGGUGCACAAUGUAAGGAGACUCUGUAACUCUUCUCUCAAUAUAACACUACCAAAAACAAGUUAUAGCAUGUGGACACUGUAUAAUAUUGCUUUGUCUUUCCAGAGGACACAGUGUUCAUGGAUAAUGAUGAAGAGAGGAAGGAGUAUGUCCUGAAUGACAUCGGGAGGCUUUACUACGGCACAGAGAAACAAAUAGGUGCUCGCACAUGGAACUACGGGCAGGUAUGAACCAUCAAGACAAGAUCUGUAAUGAAAACAGGGUUUGCUCACUCACAUUGUUGUCUGUGGGACUCCAGCUGUUUGUUCAAAACCUUGAAAAUGUGUCUUGUUAUGGAAAAAUGUGUCUAUUUUCAAAAAGGGGUGGGCAAUGUUAUGUAUAUAAAAAUGUUAAUGUAUAAUGAACAGGUGAUUAUGGGAAUUACAGUCCCGACAGGGGGAGUAGAAUGAUAGGGAUUCAACUUUACAUAAUCACCUGCUUACUGUACAUUUCUAUUCUGCUAACACCCAACUCUAACUGAAGCUUUGGACAAGCUGACACCAAAUAUUAAUUUAAAGAUGAUUUUAAUUAUUUAAAAAUAACUGACAUGGAUAGUUUGAUAGAUAGUCCCUCAUAGGACUCAUUUAUGCCCUGUACCAAAGCUUGUGAGGCAGUGUCUGAUAGUGCAGCCAGUCAUUCAAACCAUAGACUGUGUAAACCCUACGUCAUAACUAAAUUAUCAGUCUACAUGUUGAGCCGUAUUCAAUAAUCACACAGACCACCUCUAUCUUGAACGCUGCCUCCGAUUCGACCUCUUUCAACAGAUACAUUAUUUGUAUCGCCUCCAUUAUUGCCAUGUUUGUUCUCAUAAACCCCUGUGUCUUUUGGGAUAAAUUUUGACUCAGACUCCAACGUGAAGGAUGCAUCAAAAGAAGACGAGAGGAGUUAAUUAUGUUGUCUAAAAUAUAACUAAUUAGUAUGUAAGAGAACUAUAUUGCCUUGUGUCCAUGUACACAUGAAGGACAGUCAACCAGAACUCUAAUCAUUCUUGGGAAUCUGUUUGAUAUUUGGCAUUCAAUAGUCCUGGGAACUGGGUUUUAGAGAAACUGUAGGACAAAAUGCAAACAGCCAAGCAAACAGGCCACUAGCAGGCUAAUGUGUUCUUCCUUCAUUUCAGUUGUUCACUUGAUUGUCCAGUGAGAUCAUAUUUUGUAAAUAUAAAAGUGGAAAACACCUCUUUACCACUUAUGGAGGCUAUUUUUUUCAUCUCAGUUGUUUUUAUGUUGAUUGUUGAAUGAGUUCAUUUGAUUAAAGAAAAAAAUUCCAUUGUGUCACACGAACCAGAGAAAUGUCACAAUAGAAUUAUACAUCAUAUACAUCCAGAUGAUCAUUAUCAGUUUGGUAUUAAAUGCAGUCAGAUUCAUGAGUCAUUAGAUACAGUUUUCUCUGUGGAUUGAUAUGAAAUGAUGUGUGUGUGAUUUGGCUCUACCUGUUUGGAAUUAAAAACCUUUGUCUAAGGGUUUUGACCAAUCAAAAUCAAUUAUUUUACACAGCAUCAUGAAAAAAAGGUCACCCUGACAGGAUUAAGAGUGAAUCUUUCCUAUUUUUAAGCAUAUAUAGUGGCAGAAUCUACAAAUUUAGUUGUUAUUCAAAGUUUGUUCAGUUAUUUUUAAGUGACUGUUAUCAUGGAUUACCAACAUUUUAAAAGUUAGAGUGCAACUUAAAAUCGAACUAUCUAAUCAGUUUUCCUGUUUGAUUAAACUUUUCCCCUUUGUUCCUAAUUUGUAGUUUCAUGAGGGGAUCCUGGAAGCGUGUCUGUUUAUCUUGGAGAAGAGUGACAUGCCUGCAUCUGGCCGAGGGGAUCCUGUCAAUGUGGUCAGAGUCGUAUCUGCAAUGGUGAGUUUGAAUUUAUAUUGACAUCCCACCAUCUCAUUAGCAUAAGCCAGGAUAUUAGAAAUACCAAGGUCAAGAGUCGGAGUGUACAUAUUUCAUUCAUACAUUUACAAUUUUUUAACCCUUUUUUAAAGAUUUUUUCCAGCAUGAAAUUUUAAAGCUUUCUCAACUCUGUCAGGAGUAAAAUUUAAACAAAAUAUCCUCCAUAUGUUUUUUUUAAUAACAAAAUAUACAUGAACUUGGGUUGCUUACAUUUAUUGCUGUGAUUUAAUGUUUCACGCUUUUUCCAGAUAAAUGCUCAGGAUGACUUGGGGGUCCUGGUAGGGAACUGGUCUGGGGAUUACUCUGAUGGAGUCUCUCCUGCAGCAUGGAGCAGCAGUGUGGAGAUCCUGAGAAAAUACCAUGCUACAGAUGGGACUCCUGUGUCAUAUGGACAAUGCUGGGUCUUUUCUGGGAUCACCACAACAGGUGACUAUGAAGAGAAACACACAAAAAGCAUGUGAUGGUGUUUGUAUGUGCAGAAACCUAGAGUGUUGCAUUCCCUAGUGUUUUUGUGGAUUUGAUUAACGGUCAAAUGAUCAUGAUCAUGGCUCCAGGCCUUGUCUAUUAGCCCUCACUGCUCUGCUACUGAAUGCUGCAUUCAUUGUACGUGCAGGCAGGGUCCCUCACAUGAUAGCUAGCUGACCUUAGCACAUAACUUUGCAGCUGAUAGCUCGUAUACACCCUAAAUACAUUGCACUAGCAUUCCUGUCAUACCUCCUACUUUUGUCACUGAUAGAGCCACAUGUGUUGCUUUCAUUCAUCAAGGAUAAUAAAGUCUGCAUGCAACCAUUCAAAUGCCAUCUUAGCUGAAAUGCCUGAAGUAGUCGUGCUCUUUUGUUAACAUGUGUUAACAUAACUCAGGCUCAUUAUUUUCUCUGUCCAUGUAUUUUUUUUCUUCUAGUGCUACGUUGUCUUGGCGUUCCUGCCCGCAGUGUGACCAACUUCCAGUCUGCUCAUGACACUGAUGUGUCCCUCACCACUGAUGUUUAUUUUGAUGAGAAUAUGGAGCCAAUCGACUACCUCAAUAGCGACUCUGUCUGGUGAGAUGUGUUACUUGACAUAACCAUGCUUAGAAGAAUGCCUGAAGCUAAAUCUAUAUCUCAGGAAUGUGCCAUAUAUUAAGAUCUGCUCUUAGUGCAGCUCCCUCUAACUUGAAACCCAUGUAGACGUCACGCUCUUUCAAUUAUUUGCACCUCCUGUCAGGCUGCAGAGGUUAAUCUGGUAUCCAUCUGCUUGCAUGUUCUUAAAAUGUCUUCAGAAUAAUUGAUGCCCCUUUUUCCUCUUUUACUUAAAAACUAAAGUCUGUCAGGGACUUGAUGCUGUGUUGCUGUGACGCAAUGCUGGCCAGCUUGGAUAAUGUCCCUGACUCCUAUUAAAUCAGGAAUCCUCAUAUUAAGACUUGAUAGCACUAACUUUAUCUUUUAGUAGUAAUAAGUGAAAACUCCAGCUCUGCAUCCAAGUGCGGGAUUAGCAGCAAAUUUAUUAAAGAAAAUGUGACUAAAGACACUUCCUGUAUACACUUAUUAACAUGUUUGACUAUUUUCAAUUGAUUCAAAAAAGGCAAAGACAAAACAGCUAAGACAGUUUUCCGUUUUAAUUCCGGUUGUCAUGCUAAGUUAACUUUAUGCUCGGACAACAUUUAGCAAAAUAUCAUGUUAUUCUCUUCAAUGGUACUCGAGGAGGUUGGAUACUAAUAUAGUGUAAUCUUAAUCAGGAACUUUCACGUAUGGAAUGACUGCUGGAUGGCGAGACCUGACCUCCCCGCUGGUAAUGGAGGCUGGCAGGCUGUUGACUCUACUCCUCAGGAAACUAGCCAGGGCACCUUCCGCUGUGGCCCCGCCUCUGUCAACGCCAUCCGCUCCGGCCAGGUCUACCACAAACACGACACGCCAUUCGUCUUUGCUGAGGUGAGUGCUGGGUUUUAUGAAGUGAUGAUCUUUGUUGUUGAAUUUUUGCAAAUCCUGAAAAGAGGAGGAGUAUUAUUAAACAAAAUUACAAGUUUAUCUUUGAAAAAUAGAUGUAAUUUAGGGGGCUUCACACCUACGUCAUUUGGUCUCGACUUUCAGACCUUUCUGUUUAGUACCAACCAAAAUGAUAGGUGUGAAUCCUUCCCAGGACCUUGGUCCAGACCAAACAGCAGGACCUUGGUCCAACCAAAAGAAGGGGUCUUGGUCCAGACCAAACUGAACCAUGGUCUGGUUCAUGCCCAGUGUGAAAGCGUUAUUUUGCAAAGUUCGGACUUUCAUACCAAAGACAAGAAAUGACACGAGGAGUACAAGUGUCCGUUAUUAGGUAUGAUGGAGAUUGUCCAAUAACAGGAAAUUUUAUGAUAUUGUAAAAAAAAGUUAGACCUCACUAUUGACAGCUCAUCUUUUCAAGAGUUUUACUACACAUACUUUUCUCCUGACACAGUGUUGCAAUGUCUCGCAGGAUUGCAUACUUUCUUUUCCUUUCCUGUCGAUGUCAAUAAAGUUGUUGUCUAAUUAUCGAAUUUAUGAGAUUUCCUCGGACAAGCCUCAUGUACAGCUCUUCAAGUUGUUGCUGUUAGAGGUAGAAAAUCAAAAAUAGUAGGAUGGUGGGAAUGACGAUUUUAUUCAUAUUAACAACAUUCAAGACCCGCAUUUUUAAACCUGUUGAUGUGAGACGCCCGCCGGCCUAAUGACCAUCAAUGUAAAUUACAGAAACACACGAAGCACGUAGUUGAUGACUAUAUCACAUAGAUUCUUCCAUUUGCAAUAAUGACAGUGUGAAACCUAAACAGACCGAACCAAAUGUAAACAAUGUAACAAAAACAUGGACCUUGGUCCGGACUUGCAGUUGUGAAAACAUCCUUGGUUUUGUAGCAUACACCUUCUCUUGCAGCAAGCAAAACAAAAUUCCCUUGUAUUCUUCAUUAGAUACCAAAUGACACAUUUGUUCUCUCUCUCUGCUUGACUAAAGAAGGUUUGGGUGACAGUAAUGGGGAAAAAAAAACUUAUAUAUUGUGAUAUAUGGGUCUUUUUUCUUUCAGGUCAAUAGUGAUAAGAUCUACUGGCAGAGGAACCUAGACACUACUUUCAGUCAGAUCUACAGUGAGAAGAAGGCUGUGGGUCACUGCAUCAGCACUAAAGCAGUAGGCUCAGACGAGCGGGCAGAUAUCACGCACCUGUACAAACACCAUGAAGGUACUGGGAGUACAUCAGUCACAUUAACUGCGUUUCUUCCAAGAUAAAUGUACCAUAAUCAGAUCGGGUUAUGAGCGCACUUCCUGGAUCUGUCUUAAAAAGGGUUGAUUAAAUCAAAUUUGCUGCAUGGAUCAUUCCACUGUCUACAGGCCAUUUGCUUAUUUUGGACAAAUAUGAAUCAUAUCUCAAUAAAUCUGUCAGUAAGUCCAAAGACACCAGACAGAUGAGCUUCCCUCACCUUCUUCCCCUUCUCCACCAGGCUCAGAGGAGGAACGUAUUGCUGUGGAGACUGCCAGUCGUUAUGGCAGCAAACCUGAUGUUUACUCCUCACCCAUGGCGGAGGAUGUGAGUGUGGAAGUGAAGAUGGAUGGUGAGGGACCCAAGAUGGGUGCUGACGCCAAGCUGAAGAUUGUGGUGAAGAACCAGAGCUCGCAGCCUCGUCGCGCCACCCUGCACAGCCAGGUGGCUGUCAUGUACUACACUGGUGUGCUGAAGGGCACCAUCAAGAAGGAGCAGAUGCCUGUGGAGCUGUCCCCCCAUGAAGGUUAGCUUAGAGCUGUCGUUAGCAGUACGUUUAUAUGAAAUUAGGUUAAAUUUGCUAAACAAAGUGAAGCUCAUCUGUUUUGUACUUCUUCACACAGAGAAAGUCAUCGAGUUGGUACUGCCCUACCAGCAGUACCAAAACGAGCUGGUGGAUCAGGCUGCACUGAUGUUAACCCUGUCUGGAAGAGUCUCUGAGACCCAGCAAGUGCUAGCUAACCAGACCAGCUUCAGGCUGCGUACACCUGACCUCACCAUUACGGUACGUUUGCAUUUUAGCAUGAUUUUAAUGAUGACUGUAAGGAAAUGAAGGAAAAGAUCAUAUCACCCCUGCUGACACUAUUUUACUUGCCGUCCUGCAGCCUUUGGGAGAUGCUGUGGUUGGUAAAGAGAUGGCAGCCAAGAUUACCUUCACCAACCCCCUGCCUCGAAUGCUGAAGGGGGUUGUAUUCAGAGUGGAAGGUCUGGGUCUGCAAAGAGGCCAUGAAGUAGUUGUCGGGUAAGAACAUGUGACAUCUUGCUCUCUUGCCUCCCUAUCUCUGUUUUCCACACAUUUCCUCUUCCAGCUAAUAUUCAAGCUUUAUUUCCUCCACAGCGACGUUGGCGGUCUCUCCACUGUGACAUUGACAGAGCACUUCAUCCCCACCCAACCUGGGCCCAGGAAACUGGUGGCGUCUCUUGACUGUAAACAGCUGAGUCAAGUGCACGGCGUGGCUGAUAUUAUUGUUCACGAGCAUUGAGAUGGCGUGAAAAACGAUUAGCUUCCCAUCCUGCUUCUCUGACACCAAAUGCUCUUUUAUGAAAUUCAAACUGAGAGCCUCGGAUUAUAUGAAGAGUAUGCUCUGAUCCUGUAUCUUAAAUAUCGUUUUUGUGACUGCAGUCAUUUUAAAAAUUAUUUUUACGUCUCUGAUUAGCCAUUUAGUCAGUGUAGCAUUGUCAGUAUUAUUAUUUUUUAACUUGAAAUAAUAACUAAAAGGAGAAUUCAUGCUUUUGCCUUGAUGAAUUUAAAAACUGUGGUCAAGUCUGAAUGUGUGCACAGCGGGUAAAGCGCUUGGAUUAACAAGCUUUCUUAUACUGAGGUAACUAAACUGUCACUACACACACUGUCUGAACACUAGUAUUUUUGAAGACCCUGAGCUCAUGAAGUGAAGCGUCAUGAUCAUUUAGAAAUAAUGUAAAUAUUGUACUUGAUUCAUUCGUUGAGCUUGUCAUAAAAUGAAAAGGAUGUGAAAUGCAUUUUCAGACAGAUUGAACCUGGAUUAUUUGAAGGAAGGGUACUGUGAGAUGUUUUUGAAGGGAAUGACGCCAUAAUUGGCAUUGACAUUUUGCAAAGGGCACAUUAUAAUUCCCCCAGUUUUCUUUGUUACAAUUGACCGGGGAAAAAAAAUCAUUUUGUUUCAAAGGAUGUGGCUAGACGGCUGUUUCAGUCGUUGGGUGAAAUGAUAAUUCUGCAUCUUUGAAAAUUUAAUAAGCAACAACGCAAAUGUCUCCUACUGCAGAGAGCAAAUGUGUGUGUUCCCUUCGUAAGGAUGUUCUGUAUGCAUUGUGUGUGUUUCUACAUUAUUUGUGUAUCAUACACUGAUAUCAGCUUUACAGUUUGCAUCUUACCUGUAAAACUGGAAACCACUGCAGUGAUUUCCAGCAAACCAGAGACCGCAGAGGCCUUAUUAGUUCAGCAAAGAUUUACCAGGUUCUAGUCUGUUUAACACAGAGUACAAUGUGAAGGAAACUAUUUCAGUAACAUUACACUAUUUAUCUACCUUAUUUACUUGAAUGUUCUUUUUGUAUCGUAUGUUUUGCAUUGGUAAUAAAACUUACACGUCUAUGAAG